CAACUCUUCCCUUCCCCUUCCGAUCAUCUAUGGCACCAAAGCGCCCUGAUCCCAAAGAGGAGCCGCCGGCUGCUUCUUCAUCGGAGGAGGAAGAAGAAACAACCUCUGGGACACAAGAGGAGACAUCGGGGGAGGAGGAGGAGGAUGAUGAUGAAGAAACCCAGACCACUCCGACCCUGAAAAACCUACCCGUCAAAAAGCCUGUGAUUGCCUCCCCUCCUUCUGUCGCCACAACAACCACCAAUACCGGGAACCAGUCAUCGGAGUCCGGUGAGUCAGAAUCCGACGAGUCUGAGACGGACUCUGACUCUGCUGUCCCUAAUGUCAAGCCUAUUGAGACAAAGCCCAUCAUGGACGAGAACACAAAGAGCAAGCAAUCUGCUGCGAAACCCGCUGCUUCUGCCACCAAAUCAACGGCGAAGCGUCCUGCAGAAUCGAAACCAAUUCAGAAAGAGACAAAGCGGACCAAGAAGGAUUCAGAGAAUGGCGAAGAGGAGGGGAAGAAAACUGGGGAUGAUGUGAAGAAACAUUUUCAGCGGGUUUGGAGCGAAGAGGAUGAAAUUGUAAUCCUCAAAGGUAUGAUUGAAUUCUCUGCUAAAAAAGGGACAGACCCUACUUCUGAUAUGAAUGCAUUUCAUGAGUUCAUUAAAAAUUCGCUCCAACAUGAUUGCACAAGAGGAAAGUUGUUGGAUAAAAUAAGGAGGCUGAAGAAGAAAUAUGUGAACUAUGUGGGGAAGGGAAAAGAGGAUGGAUUCACUAAGCCACAUGAAGAGGAAGCUUAUAAAUUGUCUAAGAUGAUAUGGGGUAAUGGAGAGAAGUCGAUAGUGAAAGUGGAAACUCCUGUGAAAUCCAAGGCGAAACCAACACCGAAGAAAAAUCAGAGUUUGGCUGCACUGCCAUUCCCGGAUGCGAGUAAGGAGAGCAAGACAGGAGAGGUUUUGCUAGAUAAGAGAAUUGGAGUGGCUAGCAUAGAAGAGGAGGUGGUAUCUCGUGGAUUGGAUGUGAUUGGGGGCGAGAAGAAGGCAGCCAUGGAGGAGAGGUGGAGGAAGUUGCGCAUUGCAGAACUGGAACUGUAUUUGCAGAGAAACCAGUUGGUUGCUGAGCAAGCUAAGUUGUUGUUGGACCAUUACAAGUCUGGCAAAAAUUAGAGUUCUUACUUGGGUGUUUUUGUGUUAUUUCUUAGAAAAUUUAGAUUUUGAAAUAGCUAAAUUCUGGAUAUGCUACCCAUGUAAGUUUUUAUAUUUGGAAUUGGAACCUUACUUCUUAUUAUUUUCCUUGGCAUGAAUGAGCAUUUUGAUUUUGAUUCUUCUUCCAUUCUAUUGGUAACAAGGUGUUCUUGUCUCAUCUCUGCCUGGUGCAAAGAUU